AUGCUGAGGCACGUGUCGUGCCGUGGAGAGACUCACGCGAAAGGCACUACGCUGCAGUAUCGUCGCUUACUGUACCAUUCCAUAUUCCCUCCCUUUGGAUGUACGAACCUGAAGCUCGCGCACUCGCUCACCGCCUCGCUCACCGAGCUCUCGCAAACGUUACCACAGCCAGCGAGAAUGGCGACCUUCACCUGUGACAAAAACGGAAACGGAAGCGGCACGGCCGCCGCAGAAGGCGGCAGUGGAAACAGAAACUACUGCAUUAUUGAUUUCGUUGACCAAGGGAGCGUGGAGAGCUCUAGGUACUUCUACGCUCGCCGGACGGUGUGUGAGAUGCUUCGAGAUCGUGGUUAUGAUGUGCCCGGCUCGGAACUCACCCGCUCUCUCGAUGAUUUUCGUCGUGUUUUCGGUCAACAACCGAACGUCGAUAGCCUCCGUAUCUGCGUUUCUCUCCGCUCUAAUCCAUCGAGCAAGGUGCUGGUUAUCUUUCUGGGAACUGCUGAUGUCAAAGUUGAAACCAUUCGUCUUCUGUAUGGUAAGAUUAUGAAUCAAGAAAGAUUAAGUCGGCUCAUACUGGUUCUGCAAAGCAAAAUGACUACCUAUGCAGGAAAAGAACUGCAAAAAUGGCCAUUUAGGGUUGAGAUUUUUAAAAUCCAUGACUUGCUGGUGAAUAUCUCAAAGCAUACAUUACAACCUAAGUAUGAGGUAUUGACUACAGAUGAGAAGGAAAAAUUGCUUGAGAAGUACAAAAUGGAAGCGAAGCAGCUCCCAUGCUUGCUAGAAACUGAUGGGAUGGCACGUUACUAUGGGCUGGAGAAAGGACAAGUAGUCAGGAUCAGUCACACUGUUGGGCGCCUUGAGUCCUUUGAAACUUAUCGUUGCGUCGUUUAA